AGUGGAGAACACACUAUACCAACAGCGCCUCUCACAACGAGAAACAACCCUUCUACAAUUCCCAACAUGGUACGCUUGCAUGGACACGGUUAUACGGAAGGCGGGCUGUCGCUGUCGCCUCUCAGCAUGACGUCACACACUUAUUCCAGCGACCCACCUAUCAGCAUCCAGAGUUGGGGUGCCGCUAACGACCUGCCCACCAAAGUGAUGCUCCUCGUGGGUGACGCGCCCGAACGAACAGAGACGUUCAAAGACACUCUGGUGAACUACUUAUUUAAGGUCAAGGUGCAGGACACGCAUCGGCUGGUGCUGAUGGAUGAUCAUGAAUUUGCUGACAUUCCGCCCGCCGUGAGAGUGUUUGAGUUUCACCAGCGUGAAGGAGAUGUGCUACCCUUCAAUCUGGCGGCGGUGGAGGUGGCUUCUCUCGGUGGCGUUGGCAGCGCACAGAGGGAUGUUAGGGUGCUGCACGCCCUCGAAGACUUCCUUAGCCACCACUUUGGCACGACCCGUGUGGAUGCCAUCACCCUGGUGGUACCCGGUGCAGACGAGCCCCUGCAUGUCCUUAUCAAUGCUUACCACCUGCUGGGCCUGUGUUUCCAGGACGUGGCCAGCCUGAUGCAGGUGGUGGUGACAGAUUCGGCUUCUUCCACCGCCCAAUUGGCCUGCCUCAAGGAAUACAACAUAAAAUACAGGAACGUAUUUGUGUUCGACGGUUAUCAAGCCAACAGCACUUCCGCCACCAAUGAGGAAUAUUUCUUUGCACAAAUAUUUUGUCAUUUUGAUUUCCAUGGCGUUGAUGACUUUUUCCACGAGAUGCAGGAUAUUCCACCUCAAAGCAUGGAACUGACACGCAUGAUGGACGAUGGAGGAGUGGACGUGGCUGACCUGGCCAGGAUGAGAGUGGUCCGCCAGUACACGGAAGUAGUUGGUGUCACGCAUCGGACGCUGAGCCUCCGUCAGCUACUGUUACAAGUAAGGCACAGAGACGAGGCCACAAAGACACAGCACCUUGUCCUCGGGGAGCCAAGUAACAAGGCCAGCAAGGUAAUGGUGCUUGUGGGGAGCAAAGGUUCGGGCAAGACCACUCUGCUCACAGCCGUGAUUAACCAUUUGCUGAGGGUCAAGUACGACGACAGGUUUCGAUUCAUUGUGGACGGAGAUCCUCUUCAGCGUCUGGACAACUGCCACAAGCCACAUAAGACCAGAUUCACCACCGCCUACACCUUCACCGCCGUGCCACAGCCUUAUCACAAGUACAACCUUACUAUCAUCGACACACCGGGUCUCCGUGGCCCCGAGGAACACACCCAUAACAAGCAGGUCGCAGCCAGAGUGGCGGCCUUGCGAGACCAGUGCGGAAUACACCACUUAGACGUGAUUGGCCUCGUCGCGGUGGCAGGCACGGACAGACUUCCGGACACGUACAAGUCUGUCUAUAAAAACAUUAUUUCCCUUCUAACGAAUGAGGGAAAAGAGAAGCUGUUCCUCUUGGCCACCAGAUCGGACGCCAAGAAAAGCACCGUGGGAGGCGAGCUGAGGCGCCUUGGCCUGCCCCUCACCAAGACGAUCAGGUUCAACUCUCACUCCGUUCUCGUUGACACUUUGGACAGGGACGAGGACGACGUCACGCACGAGGCUCUCUCUGAACUGUACUGGAGGAUGGAGGAACACAGUCUGCAGUGUCUCCUCGCUAACUUGCUCAUCUGACACUUGGGUACUUGUUUUUUCACGAAAAAUAUCCCGUGUUCAAUUUUUUUUUUUUUUCACAGGGAAAGGAUGUUACAGUAACACAAUACAUUGAAGACCCAUAAAGAUAAGAGUGGAGUUACUGCGUAGCAAGAAACCCUUAAAUAUUGCAUGUACUGAUAAGGACAAGUAAGGCAUCGUGCGUGAAAUGUAUAAAAUACUAAUUCAUUAAAACAAUUUCUUCCAUACUCUUAAAAUCUCCUGAGUUGAAAUGUCAGUUUAGCUAGAAAUAAUAAUAAUAGGAAGACUUUGUCCCUCCAUAGUCUUAACUGAAUAAUUGAAAGCAGUCUCUUCUACUACACUCGUUAACUACACGCAAAUGUUCACAUGACUGGUGUUGGCACUAACGUGUGUGUGUGUGUGUGUGUGUGUGUGUGUGUGUGUGUGUGUGUGUGUGUGUGUGUGUGUGUGGGUGUGCGCGCGC